AGUCGUCCCUGGCAUCGAGGUCUGAUUGCUCUGAAGUCCGCGUUAUCGAUAUGCUCUCUAUUUUACGCCAAAGUUCGCUUUCUGCCACUGUGCGGCAAACAGCUGCCAUUUUGGGUGGUGUGCGUUCAAAAUGGACGGGCAAAGAAUCGCUGGAGGAGAGCGACCCAGAAGUCCUGGCGAUGAUGAAGCGAGAAAAAGACAGGCAGAUGAGAGGGCUUGAACUCAUCGCUUCUGAGAACUUCACCAGCAAAGCUGUCCAUGAAGCUUUGGCUUCCUGCUUCACAAACAAGUACUCUGAGGGCUACCCUGGAGCUCGGUACUAUGGUGGCGUCGAGCAUGUGGAUGAAAUCGAAAACCUCUGCCGAGACAGGGCAUUGCAGCUGUACAAAAUUGACCCAAGCAAGUGGGGCGUGAACGUCCAGCCUUACUCGGGCAGUCCUGCUAACUUUGCUGUAUACACUGGAGUGCUGCAGCCUCACGAUCGAGUAAUGGGUCUGGAUCUACCAGAUGGUGGACAUUUAACUCAUGGUUUCAUGACGGACAAGAAGAGAAUCUCAGCGACAUCCAUCUACUUCGAGUCAAUGCCGUACAGACUGGAUCCCUCCACUGGUCUCAUCGAUUAUGAUAAGCUACAUGAGCAUGCUCGUCUAUUCCGCCCCAAAAUGAUCAUCGCUGGAUACAGCGCUUAUUCUCGGUUGUUGGAUUAUGGACGUUUUAGGGAGAUUUGUGACGAUGUCGGUGCUAUCCUCCUUGCCGAUAUGGCACAUAUCUCUGGUCUCUGUGCCGCCCAUAUUGUACCAAGUCCAUUUGAACACUGUGAUAUUGUUACAAGCACCACCCAUAAGACACUCCGAGGACCAAGAUCUGGUCUAAUCUUCUACCGCCGUGGUGUGAAAGGCGUUAACAAGGCUGGGAAAGAGAUCAAAUACGACUUCGAGAAGAGGAUAGAUGGCGCCCUCUUCCCUGGCCUGCAGGGCGGGCCUCAUCAGCACCAGAUUGCAGCACUAGCUGUUGCCUUUAAACAGGCUAUGAGUCCUGAGUUUGUCGAAUACCAGAAGCAGACAGUCCGUAACACUCAACAGUUGGCAAAAUCUCUCAUGGAGCGAGGAUUCAAGAUCAUCUCUGAUGGAACAGACAACCAUCUCAUCCUUGUUGACCUUCGCCCCAAGGGCAUGGAUGGAUCUCGCGUGGAGAGGAUUUGCGAGUUGUGCUCAAUUACUGUCAACAAGAAUACUUGCCCUGGAGAUAAGAAUGCCUUUAACCCCAGUGGAUUACGAUUAGGAGCACCAGCAUUGACGACUCGUGGUUUUGUUGAGAAUGACUUCGUCAAAGUCGCUUCCUUUAUUGAUGCAGCUGUAGACAUCGGAAACAGUGUUGCACAGAAAACUAAAACGCUGAAGGAGUUCAAGGCAAACCUUUUGGAGGAUCCCGAAACGAUGGCGAAAAUCAAAGCCCUCCGAGAGGAAGUGGAGACGUUUGCUCGUUCAUUCCACAUGCCUGGACACGAAGACCGUUAGAUGUCUGAAGACUGAAGUGCUUAACACCAACAUAUAUAUAGAGCUUCUUUCCAGAAUAUGCUCUACCAUAACUUUGGCGAUUUGAUCAGGAGAAUGUACUUCAUUGGCGUAUUGGCGCUUGGUUUCAAUUUGCAUGUAGUAACUCUCUUAUAAACCCAGAAAGGUAUAUUGAAAGGCAGGCCUCUCAAAAAGCAUUUCAAAACUCUUCCUGUCCGAGGUGCUUUCAAAUGAAUAAUGUUCAGUUACGAGCAAGCUGCAUGCGGAAGAACUCUUACAUGUAUAUCCCCUCCUAGUUGUACUUCAAUAAUCUCUUUCGAGUCUCUGUAAAGGUUCAACUCUCAGCUUCAACUCUCCUGUGUGGGUCUACAUCGCUGAGAGAGAUGAGAAAUUUACACAAGGAUUUUAAAAAUCAUCUGAUACCUCAUUGCAGUCAUACUUCACAGUAUUCAUUGUCUCGGUUUACUUUUGCAUAAUCAAGUGAUGUGCAAUGAAGAAUUGCAUUUUGAUUGCAUAAAUAUAGUCUGACAUGUUUGGAGUGUUUGUUUUUAUUCAACUUAACACAGAAUUCCUGGGAAACUAUAACAAGCCUUUAUUGGUAAUCCCUUGUGUAAUGUGCUUUCAAAGUGCUUGUGGGUUAUAAAGUCUUUUUUGGUGUACAGAGGUGUGCAUGUACACAUAACUGCUGAUAUUCCUCUAUAAAAGUGCAGUGCUUGACAGGGUGUAAUGGAGGAAUAUAGUAUUGCACCGGGAGACAUUAUACGUGUAUUCACCAUAAUCAUUUUUAAAUACUGUUGCAAAGAUUAAUUCAAGGGAUGAAAUAUGAAUUUUGUUUUUUACCUGAUCAGGUAUCUAAUCAUGAUAAAUCCUGUUGUGCAUCAAGUGAGUUUUUGGGUUAAACUUUGAAAUUAGAGAAAUCUGUUAUCUUUUUUUUGCUCAAUUUCAGCAUUUUUUGCUGUGCUAAACUAGUUAAUUAACAGCUGAUGUUGGAGACGCCUCGGUCCAAAUCCUGUUUUGAAAACGUACUUAUACAUGUAUGUAAGUGAGUUUUCAGAACAGAGGUUCGAUUUGAUCAUGUAGAAAACUCGGUGAGUUUAGGUGGAAAAUACUCUACAUGAGCUGCACAUUUCUAGGGCCAAGUUCUUGUAUGUACAUUCUCACGACAUGCUUAUUCAGCCUUCCAACAAGGCACAGUGGACAUCAGCAGAAAGAGUUUUUCGAAUCUUAGCUCCUCUCAUUAGGUAUUGGUAAUGUAGAAAUUUACACAUCAGAAUAAUGACAUGUAUAUAAGAUUGGUGAUUACUGUGUGAACUUUUCACAAACUUGGUUUACAAUGUAGGUCUGUGUGUUCUACAAUAUAUGGUGAAAAGUCCAUAUUGUCUGAAUCCAAAUUUUCGGAGGCAACUCCUUUUACAUGUAUGUGCUGACAAAAAAUCAACCUUUUCUCAUUUAUUGUACACCAUGCAUUAUAGUGUUGAUAGUAUUUCUGAGUGUACAUGUAUGUUGAUACUGGUAUGUACAAUACAGAGAUACAUUUGAA